GAAGUCUGGAGAAAUUGGCAGUCUGCAAAUUUCUCAGUCAGGAACCGUCGGAAAAUGUCACAAUUAUAACAACUUGCAGGUCAUUACGUCAGGACAGGAUGUUUUGCAAAAAUAGUUAAAAAUCUACAAAUUUUGUAAGCCAUUUAUGCCUUUCGCGUCAAUUACAAAAAGGUGAUAUUGGAAUAAAGCAGAUAAGCAGUGUGAGAAGAACGGAAAAUUACUGAAGGUGCGGGAACCGGCCGGCGGGCGGCGACGUAGUAUCGUUUAUCUUAAUAUCCACGCAAGUCGCAACGCAGCAACGAACACAGGAACGCUGGGCGCUGCUGAGAGGGGGCAGUUUGGAGGCGACGGCAAUACUCGAAGCGCGACGUGUGUUACACAAGGGCAAAGCACCUUAGUAGCAGCAGCAGCCGUAGCCUCGUAGCUGAGUACAGCAAGCAAUAAACAAGCAGAGCCGCUUGCUAUCACAGGUACACGUAGCACUGUUCCGUUCGGGUCCAACGCUUUGCACACAUUUAUUGACUGGACAUAGCCAGGAUGAGUUCAGUGCGUUACACGCGCAACCUCUUCCUCAGGGGCAUCUGUGUAAUCUACCUAUUUGCUUUCCUCAGCUUCUACUACCAGAUUCCCGGACUAUACGGUGAUAAUGGAGUACUACCAGCUAAAACACAGCUAGAUUUAAAUUCAAGAACACCUUUAUUACAGAAAAUGAGACAAAAACCUACAUUGCUUUGGCUAGCUCCAUAUAUAGGCCUGAAUGUUGAGUAUAUGCUAGAUGUUUUAUCAUUAUUUGGAAUAAUAUUUUCUUUUUUUGGUUUUGUAUCUCAAAAGUUUUGCUCAGCUCCAGUAUUUGCUGGUUUAUGGUCAUUCUACUAUUCCAUUUAUCAAGUGGGUCAAACUUUCAUGUGGUUCCAAUGGGAUCUUUUACUGCUGGAAGCAGGGUUCUUAUGCAUUAUAGUAGCACCGUUUCAAUACUCUAAUCAAUCAAGAAAAAGUACUCCAAGUGAUACAGUUACUUUUUGGGCUGUGCGUUGGCUUCUUUUUCGUUUGAUGUAUUCUAGUGGAGUGUUAAAAUUCACGUCUGGCUGCCCACUUUGGUGGAACUUAAAUGCUUUAAGCGUCCACUUUGAGUCUCAAUGUAUUCCUACACCUUUGGCGUGGUACGCCCAUCAUUUACCAAAGUGGUUCCUCCGUUUUACCACAGUUGGAGCUCUUGUCAUAGAAAUCGUUGUGCCAUUUCUUUUCUUUUUCCCUAUAAGAAAAGUGCGAAUUGUUUCUUUUUAUUUACAACUGUUAAUACAACUCAAUAUAAUAGCUACUGGAAACUACAACUUUUUCAACUUGUUAACCAUUAUUUUAUGCAUAUCAUUGUUAGAUGAUCAAUUUUUCCAUAAAAAAAGACCUAAAAAUGAUGGCUCUAAAGUUCUUGAUUAUUUGAAAACCUUGAUUUGCAUUCUAGUAUAUGGUGGCAUGAUUUAUGGUACACAUAUAUAUUUCAAUGUGAAAUUGACCAAUGACUGGACAAUAUCUUCAAAAAUUGGAUUUACUAAAGAGCAGUUUGAAUAUGUUCUUUCUCGAUCUGUAACUUAUUCCAUAUGGAUAGGCGCUGCUUCGAUAUCUUUCAUUUCCGUUAAUGCUUUAACCAAUUCAGCUAUGAAUUCCAAAGGAGCACAAAAAAAAUUCGUAACUACUCUUGUUACGCUUAUAUAUACAGUCAUUGUAGUAUUUAUAUUCACUUUAAGUGUUGUUCCAUACUCUACAUCUGUGUACCCAAAAAUUAAUUCAACACUUCCAAAACAAUUAAAAAAAAUUCAUGCAAACCUGGAUCAUUUUCAUUUAGUAAACAGUUAUGGACUAUUCCGAAAAAUGACAGGAAUAAGUGGAAGACCAGAAGUGGUAAUUGAAGGUAGCAAUGAUAUUGAAGGACCAUGGAAAGAAUAUCAUUUCUUGUACAAGCCUGGAGAUGUAAAUGCUACUUUACCGUUUGUUGCGCCACAUCAACCACGCCUUGAUUGGCAAAUGUGGUUUGCUGCUUUAGGAACUUAUCAUCAAAAUCCUUGGCUUAUGUCUUUGACAUACAGACUUUUACAUGGGCAACCGGAAGUUUUAGCUUUACUAAAUAAUGCUAAAAAUCCGUUCCAAGCCAGACCGCCGAAGUUUAUCAGAGCUAGUCUUUAUACCUACCAUUAUACACCAAGUGAUCAGAGUUCUUCACAGUCAUGGUGGAAGAGAGAAGUAAUGAGCGAAUAUUUGCCAAUCUAUAGUCGUGAUCACCCACCUCUAAUUGAAUACAUAUCAAAAAUGAAGAUACUUCAAGAUAAACCAAAUCCAAAAGUCACCAAUACUACUUUUAAAGCUUUAUUAGAUUUCCUAAGAUCUCUUGUAGCCAAAGUCGAUGCAACUCUUGUGUUGUGGAGCGUUUUUACAGCAGGUCUUGCAGUAAUCAUGACUGGCUAAAUAGAACGUUUAAACAUUGUUUGCUAAAAGCAAAGAAGCGCAAAUUUUAUUUUAAAAUAAAUGCGUAAUUUUUCUUUUUUUUCUUGUACGAACUAUCGGUACUUUUAUUUGUACCAAAAUGUACCGUUUAUUUUUUCUAUGUAAAUUAUUCUAUUCUUGUAAUAAUUAAUUUUGCCUCUUAUAUUUACAUUUUUCGAAAACACUGCCAAUAUCGUAAACAUCGUGUUUGGUCUUGCCGACCAAUUAAAAACAGCAGAAUGCAUAUGAGAAUUAGUUAAACUGUGUGAUUGAUUAUUUGUUAGCAUAGUACGUACUUUCGUCAUAAUUUAUACUUCCCUUACUUGAUAGUGCUCUCUUUACAUUGUAAUAUUUUUAUAAAUUUUUUACAUCAUUAUGUCAGAAUUUUCAGUUGUACGUUUAUUAAAUGAUUUUGUCUUUAUGAAAAACUUAGUGUAACUAUCGAUAAACACGACUAAAAAUCAAGCUAUAUCUUUUGUUUGAAUAUUUUUCAUUUUGUAAGCUGUAAAAAUUAAAAAACUUGAUUCGUAGAAUCGUAUGGAUGUACAGUAACUUUUUUCAAUUUUAUUUGUCAAAAAUCAAGUCAGAUUAAAGUAUCUGUAGACCAAGAUUAAUAUACUUUUUGAUUAAAUUUAAUUAAAAAUUAUUAAAUGUUAUCGAGAUAAUUUUUGUAAAAUAAAAAUUAAGAUAAACUUGUAUCUUUCUGUAAGUUUAUAAAGCAAUAUGCUCACAA